AUGUCUGAAGAGCUUCUCGACGAGGUAGAGGCCAUCAACUCCAUUUACGGAGACGCCACACUCGCCCCCGCCUCAGACACAGCGAGCGAUGAUGCCUCAUCCAUAUACAUUCUCAAGCUGCCAAAUGAGGCGUCAUCGCUCCGAGUCGCGUUUCCAAAGAUAUAUCCUCACGUACCUCCCGAAGUCCUAGGCACGCAUCAUGCAUCGGGCGGGAAGAAAGGCGCCGGAGCUAGAGAUCUCGGGCUCUUUGUCGACGCCUUGAGCGAGGUGUACGAGCCUGGCAUCGUAUGCAUCUUUGAUGCGGUGGAGGCUUUCAAUCGACGAGUGGAAGAGGAAGAGCAGGAUGGCGAGGAGGAGGAGGAAGGGGAGGACAGAGAGGUGACGCCCGAGCCGAGGACGAGGGCGGAGCAGGAGGAGAUGGACAUUGCCAACCUGCCGACACCACCGUGGACAGUGACGGAUCUCACAGUGGAGAUGAAGUCGACGUUUGUGGCUCACGUCGCGCCUGUGUCGUCGCCGGCGCAGGCGAGGCAGUAUCUCACCCAUCUCCUGUCCUCGUCGAAACAGAUCCGCACGGCAACGCACAACAUCUCCGCCUGGCGAAUCCGCGACCCGAACAGUGGGACGAGCUGGCAGGACUGCGACGACGAUGGAGAGACGGCGGCGGGUGGCCGUGUGCUGAGGCUGAUGCAGAUGAUGGACGUCUGGGGCGUCAUGGUGGUCGUGACACGCUGGUACGGCGGUGUCAAGAUGGGACCGAGACGAUUCGCGGUCAUCAACGGCGUGGCGAGGGAAGGCAUCGUCAAGGCUGGCUACGUGGAGGAGAAAGGAAAAGACGGCAAGAAGAAAGGAAAAUAA